UUAAGACCUGCCGCUAUGGUUGGGACAGCUUCCCGCGAGCGUUUCUGCGAAGGGAAUGGCGCGUAAUGGGGCCGAAAUGGGUGGGCGUGUGGAGGGGUGAUGUGUUGAGAAGCGCAGGGACCGAAGAGGUGACGAGGAAGACGAGUCAGGCGCAGAGAUGAGGCGUCGUUGCCCAUGGCCCUUUGUCUAGAAGUUCCCGCGGCGUGGAAAGGAAGAUCAGGACCCAUAGGAAUCGCGUUGGGAGUUGUACAAAGCGGCCCUUGCGGACAAACAGGCCCUGUUCGCAACCCCAGAUGAACUUUGCCUUCUCCUGACAGGGCAGGCCAACACCAAGGGCAGGGAGGAACCGCUGCGACUCCCUUCUUCCCCGUCACGCCAAGGGAGAAUGAGCCUGACGCAGGUGGCCUUGGCAUGAACCCUGUGGUGCUGCAUAGGAGCUGCAGGUGGCCCCCAGAGCCUCACGAUGGCACUGAAAGCCAAGAAAGGAUUGAAAGGCUCCAUUGAUGAGGUGCUUGGUGACCUCCUGGGGGAUGAUAUGUCAUUCCCUGAGAAGUCCGUGACCCGAGCUGCACAUGGCAGAGACACCGCAGGUGCACCUCGAGGACUUGCUUCAAAGGCUGGAGCCGAGUCCCCCCUGGAAGACGACAAUCUCUUUGGCACCAGAGAAGGCCUGGCUGCAGCUAAUGCUGAGGUUUCAGAUGUCUCAGAUGCCGACCCUCAGGCCUUGCUCCAGGAAUUGGAUGAAAUGGACGCCGACUUCUUAGGCCUGAAGAAGUCUCACCCAGUCCCUGGCAGGACGGCUGCAAAGAGCUCUGGGAAAGAAAUAUCUUCCGGGAACCCCAAACCUGCAGACAAGUUGACAGCCAAGGAGAAAGCAGACACCAUUCCUGCCAGAAGGCCACCUGCUCCAGGCAGCUUUGGGCAUCAGCCCAGGAGGUUUUCCUCGGAAGCCUCAGAGGACCCACUGGCAGGUCUUCUGUCCAAUGAUGAGGAGGAGGUUGCCAAGAAGCCCCCCGGGAUCAAGAGUAAAACAUCUUCUGGCAAGGGUCCCAGCGCCCUCCGAGAGCAAGGCCCCUCCAUUCCCCUAACUCCUGGGGACACUCCUGUCCGAAAGAAAGACGACUCGCUGUUUGAUGAUGGAGAUGACCUCAUGGCUGCUCUGGGGUUUGGGGACAGCCCCAAGACAGAGAAGAGGCUGAUGGGAGAACAGGAAGGGCCCCGCCCAGCCCGCGCCAAGCUGGAUGAGCUGCUGGGCCGCAGCACGACCACCAGCCUCCUGGCUCGCCCAGGCACCGCAGAGCGCAGGGAGUUCAAGCUGGACAAGAAGUAUCAGAGGCCGCAGGACAAAGAGGACUCAUGGGGUGACGAAGACUUCACCUUUGGGGCCUACCAGCCCACCGUGGCUGCCACCGAGGGCCGGCAGUCCCGCCGGCAGUCAGUCAGUAGGUUCUUAGCAGAAGGUAGCCCAGACCCCAGAGGGGACCCAAGCUGCAAGCAGAGCCCACUAGCAGCCUCCAGCCCCAUGCACAGCAGGAAGGGAGGCGCUGACUGGUUGGGCCUCAAGGACGACGACCUGGACCUGCUUUCUCCAUCUCCCACACGGGAGACCCAACCCGGAGGCCCCCCAGGGCCCUCUCCAAGCCAGCGCUCGGCCCCAGCCAGACUGCCCUCCUCAGGGGCAAAGCCGCCUGUCGAGGGUACUGUGUGCCCUGCCAAAGCCUGCCAAGCAUCCAAGCUGGGAGCAUCCAUGGAGAAGGAGGAGGAAGACUGGCUGACACAUGCCUUGUCUCGGAAAAAGUCUCAAGGUCUAGCUAAAGAGGAGCGUGCUGAGGCCACCGGCAGCCCGGAUGCAGGGGAGACAGCUGCGCACCUCAUCCCCAGCAGCCAAGCUGUCCCUAGCGUGACCUCAGGAACAGCAGCCCACCAAGAAACACUGACUGCCAGGCCUGCUGCAGCAGGCUCCAUCCACAGCCGGGGCACAGUGUCACCUGUGACUUGGAACCAGGCUGCCUUGGCCCCGCCAGCAGGUGACCCAAAAACAGGAGCUUCCCCUGGAGACCUCCCUGGUGCUGAUCCCACAGGUGUCUUCCUGAGUUCCCAGGAACCCACAGGGCUCCCUCUACCUGUCCAGCCCCUGAUCCCAGAGUCUGUGGCACCCAACUUGCUGCUGGGCACAGAGUACCAAAAGCAGCUCCUGGCAACUCAGGUGCAGCUCCAGGGAGGCACUUCCCAACUCCAAGCUGAGCUGCUGCAAAGCCAGGCCCGGCUGGCAGAGCUGGAGGCGCAGGUGCGGAAGCUGCAGCUGGAACGGACUCAGCACGGGCUGCUGCUGGAGAGCCUGCAGCAGCGGCACCAGGCUGACCUGGAGCUCAUUGAGAGUGCCCACAGAAGCCGUGUCAAGAUGCUCGAAACAACCUAUGAGCAGCGGGAAGAGCGGCUCCGGCGAGAGAACGAGGAGCUGGCAGCGCGGUGUGUGUCACAGCGCCAGGAGGCCGAGCAGGCCCGCGCGGAGCUCACGGCCCAGCACCAGCGGCGUUUGGCCACCACUGUACAGGAGAAGGACCAGGAGGUGGAGCGGCUGCGGGAGCUGCAGCGCAUGUCCAUCUUGGAAAUGCGCAAGGACCACGAGGAGCAGCUGCAGCGGCUGAAGUUGCUCAAGGACCAGGAGAUUGACGCCGUGACCAGUGCCACCUCCCACACGCGGUCCCUCAACGGCGUCAUUGAGCAGAUGGAGAAGUUCUCCAGCAGCCUGAGUGAGCUCUCCUCCCGCGUGGAGGCCUCACACCUCACUGCCUCCCAGGAGUGGGAGCUGGGCGCCCGGCAGCGGGAUGAGCAGCUCCGAGUGCUGCAGGAGCGGCUGGGCCGGCAGCAGCGGGACAUGGAGGAGGAGCGCAGCCAGCUGCAGGCGGUGAUCGGGAAGAUGGAGGCGCGCCUGAACGAGCAGAGCAGGCUCCUGGAGCAGGAGCGCUGGCGAGUGAAUGCCGAGCAGUCCAAAGCCGAGAGCACACAGCGCGCCCUGGAGGAGCAGAGGAAGCUCGUGGCUCAGCAACUGGCCAUGGAGCGGGCAGAGCUAGACAGGGCCAAGAGCGCCCUGCUGGAGGAGCAGAAGUCCGUGAUGAACAAAUGCGCCGAGGAGCGGCGGCGCCUGGCGGCCGAGUGGGCAGACUUCUUCACACAGCAGAAGCUGAGCAGGGAGCGCGAGGCACGAGAGGUGGAGCGGGCGCUGCAGGCAGACAGCCAGCGGGAGGGUGCCCUCGUCAGCCUGGCCAAGGAGCAGGCGGAGCUCAAGAUCAAGGCCAGCGAGCUCCGGGCCAGGGAGGAGCAGCUGGCGGCCGAGCGGGAGGCCGUGGAGCGCGAGCGACAGGAGCUGCAGCUGGAGAGGGAGAAGGUGAAGGCCGCCGCCCUGCGCCUGCAGCUCCGCACGGAGGAGGUGGAGAGCAUGAGCAAGGUGGCCUCGGCCAAGUACGAGGACGGGGAGCGGGCGCUGCAUGAGGCCCAGCAGGCGCAGUUGGAGCAGCAGGCCCGGCUGCAGGCGGUGCAGCAGCAGCAGGAGCGGUUGCGGCAGCAAGAGCAACACAUGCACCAGGAGCAUCUGAAACUGGCACAGCAGAGGCUGCAGCUCGACCGGAUCCAACAGGAUGUGCCCUCCAGUCUUGCACGGCUGCUUCCCAGGACCCAGGGCCCCGUAGCUGCCAGCUUGCACGCUCCUGUUGCCGUGGCCCCCAGCUGCAGCCAGCCCCCUGCCGGCCCGGACCCUGCACGCCUCUAUGCCAGGCUGCUGCUGCUGAGGCACACAGCUGAGCAGGACCGCGACUUUCUGGAGAACGAGCAAUUCUUCCUGGAGACCCUGAAGAAGGCCUCGUACAACCUGCCCUCCCACUCAGCCUGACAUCUAUCCACAGGGAGUGCCUGUCCGUAGGGGGUGUGU